AUGCAGCCAUGGCCUGCCGACAGCGAGGAAUUCGAAGACAUGCUCUUCAACCAGGCCGCCUCUAGUGACCACCUCCGACAGCUCAUGAAGUUGGAGGAAGAGGCGAUGGAAAGAUCGAUGAGAGCGCCGCGGGCUGACGUACUGGGCAGGCAGCGUGAGCAGGUACUCCAGAGCAUGAUGGGCCUGACAAACCGCUGCCAGCUCGACCAGGAUGGCUGGUCCUGCGCCGUGUCUCUGCUCGACUCCUACUUGGCUUCCUCGGGCCAUAUCGCGCACGACAUCCAGAUGCUUCCGCUAACCUGUGUCGCAGUGCUCCGACUGGUCAAGAAGUUCCACGGCAACCGGGGCGUGCCUGACCAAAUUGGUUCUGGCAUGUGGCUCAGCAUGGCCAAGCAAAUGCUUCCGACCCUAGGCAGGCAGAUAGAGUUAUCUGAGACGAAGCUCGGACAGCACGAGACCGAGAUUUUGCAGAGGAUGCAAUGGCAGAUACAGGAGCCGCUACAGCAGCAGUGGCUCACGGUGUACUGCAGGCGCUUCAGCGCCCUGACUUCACAGAAAUUUGUGCCUGCCAUCGCCUGGGUCAAGCAGAAAUCCAUGUUCUUUGUCCGCUUGUUGCUCUUCGUGGAGGCGACUUCCACACGCAACCCGCCUCGGGAGUUCGCCCUCGGCAUGUUCUGCCUCGGCCUGGCAUGGAGACAGCUGCUAUCACCGGAGUGCCUUGCGUGCCUUCGACCGGACGAUGUCCCCAUCUCGCACUGGAGCUCUGCCUUGCAACAGCUCAGCCUGCCCGGGCAUGUCGAAUCCGCCCCCUGCUCGCUCGUUGAGGCGUUACCUCUCCUGGAGGCGGCCACGGCCGCCAGCAGGUGCGAACUUCAGCAGGCUACACGCUGGGUUGUGCAUAGAUUGCUGGAGUUGCGUGCCAAGCACCCAGCAAUGCUAGCAGCAUUGAAUGCGUCUUAG